AUGAAAGAAGGGGUUGAGCUGUAUGAGGAGCAGCAACGGUUUGUGGAGGAUGCCAGGAAUGUUAUUGAUGAUGGAGGGGUGGGGGUGUUUUCAAGCCCUACAGGCACGGGAAAGACACGGUCGCUGCUUGUAGCGGUGUCGGAGUAUGUGGAGGGCGUGGUGAAGCAAGUGACGAGUACAGAAGAUGUGCAUAUGGAUGCAAAGAAUAGGAUGCUGGAGAGGGCAUUGCUGCAUGAGCCAUCAGGUGCAAAAGUGCUGUACUGUACGCGAACGCACAGCCAACUGAUGCAGGCAAUCAAAGAAGCCAAGGCGAUUGGCUUGGAGUGCAAAUCUGUUGUUCUGGGGUCAAGAAGAGUGUAUUGUGUGAAUCCGAGUGUUAAUGAGCUGAGCUCUGUCGAGAUAAUGAAUGAAAAGUGCAAAGAGUUGAUUAGUACGAGUGGAUGUGUGUUUUAUGAUGGACGUGAGGAUCUCGACGGAUGCGGAGCGAUUGAUGUUGAGGAACUGGCCAGAAUGGGAAGGAGGCAGAGGUUCUGUCCGUACUAUGCAUCUAGAAGAUACAGCAUGCAGAGCGAGAUUGUUUUUCUGCCGUAUCAGCUGUUAUUUACAAGAGAGGGCAGAAGGAGCAUGGAUAUUGAUGUUAAGGAUAAAGUUGUGAUUGUUGACGAGGCGCAUAAUAUUUGUGACGCGAUUGCUGAGAUGAACAGUGCAUGUGUGCAUUUUGAUGCUGUUUUAGAAUGUAUUGCUGUGCUUGGAGUGUACAGGCAAAGGUGGCAGAGCACGAGCCGACACGGUGGAGUGGCCGACAAGGUGCAUGGUAUUCUUGUGAAGAUUGCAGAGUUCCGAUCGAGAUACAGGAAGUUGGAUGCAGAAGAAGAUGUUGCAUUUGGAGUAUCUGAGUUUCUAAUCAUGGCAGGGAUUGAAGAAGUCAACAUGAUUGAGGUUGAGGAAGACCUUGUGGGUACUGGAGUGAUAAAACGCAUCGAGACGAUUAAGAAAGAGGCAGGCGCAUUUGCAAUAGAAAUAUCGAAGUUUCUCAGGCUGCUUACGAUGAGCGAUGCAAACGGAAGGAUAUUCUACAGCACAAGGCGAAUCAGGUUUGCACCGAUUGAUCCAUCGAUGUACUUUGAGGGAGUGACCGGAUGCAAGGCGUUGCUGUUUGCAGGAGGAACAAUGGAGCCUAUUGAGCAGCUGCAAAGGAUAUUUGGCAGUGUGAAUACAGGAGGCGGCAUGCAACAGCUGAGCAAGCCGUCAUGUGUGCUUACUGCUGGAAUGAAGUACUUCUCGUACAAAAGCAUUUGCGAAGAUUUUCUACCGCUUGUAGUGUGCACAGGCCCGUCAGGAAAGAGUAUGGUUGUUAACUACGAAACAAGAGAAAGCCAUGAGUGUGUAAAAGAUGUUGUGCACUCCAUAUCGAACCUAUCGAAUGCAAUACGGGAAGGCGGGAUGGUGUGUUUUUUGCCAUCUAAAGCAUAUCUCGAGAUCCUUAAGCAAAGGAUUGGCAAGACAAUCGGUGCAAAACGAGUGUUCUAUGAGUAUGACGAGUGUGUAUUUGAGUCGUAUACGCAUGAAGCAAGGAAAUGCUCGUGCAUAUUGCUGGCUGUUGUUGGAGGAGGGCUGAGCGAAGGCAUUAACUUCAAUGACGAGCUGUGCAGGAUGGUGGUUGUGAUUGGUGUUCCUUAUCCUGCCAUGAAUGCAGAAAUGCAGGAGAGGGCUGUGUUCUAUGGAGCAAGGCACACUGCACAUGUUGCAAUGAAAGCAGUGAACCAGGCACUUGGAAGAGCAUUGAGGCACAGGAACGACUAUGCAGUGCUUGUGCUGCUAGACAAAAGAUACAUUGAGCUGUCUUCAAUGAUCAGCCCGUGGAUAAAGCGGAGGAUUGUCAAGUGUGACUUCAGACAUGCACUUAUAAAUGCAUGCCAAUUUCUUCGUAGAAAAAGAUAA